GACCAGGAUUACCGUGUUGACUCAUGGAUUUAUCUGUCUUUAUCUGAAUACCAUAAACCUUAACACAAGUCAUACRAAAACAUGUUUUUACUGRGAUCACGACCUACUCUCAACGCGGUUAGAAUGGCCUUCAGCAGCUUCGGCGUAUCAAGUCAAGACCUUGAAGAGUACCUUCUUAGAAUAAGAUGUUGACUAACCAAAGUCCCAUAAAAGUAAACUCUAAUGCACGAAGCAAAAAGCACCACCCGGUACAAGUUUUGGACCGGAUAUGACCGAAGCACAACAUGCAAACAUUCGAGUGAAUUCCAGCGAUAUCAAUCAACACUUUCCAUUCUUCAAACGAAGGUUUCAUAUUUCAACACGUACAGUUUACUUACGACGGUAUGUUUAUAAACUUCCUUUGGAAGCUAAAUCAAGACUAUAUACAGAACAAAAAUCAUGGCAACAAGAGAGGAUAGGAGCAGUGACCUCCAAAUGGCUACCCAAGAAGUAUCUUCCCCUGCAAAAUCAAGCUACAAGAAUAAGACUCGACCAAUGUAUCGCGUUGUAUUUUACUUGGUUCACAUUGUACUCAUCUGCAUUGCCUCGUUACCUACAGUAUUUUUUGUUUAUCACGUUCAUCAGCCAGAGCAUCACACAGGAAUAACACCAUACUCAACAAGGCGACCAGGUUUGGGGCAUGCGUUUGCCUUGAAUAACAGCAAAGUCAAUUCGUCUAGAGCGGUCCAACGAUGUAACACCCCUCUUGUUUACGAUAACGUCACAAAGGAGUGUUUUGCACCUUGUGAGUGGACAACUAUGUCAAGUCGAACACAUUCUGUUUACUACGCACUAAUGGCGGUCGGCCUAUGGCUGCCAUUGUUUGCUACAAUCUUUAUUCUUAUUACCUGGGCAAAGAUCGAAUCACUGCGUACAUUUCCCCACGUGAUUCGGUUUUAUAUCAUCAUUACUUGUAUCAUACUCUCUUGCUGCAAGAUGAUUCCACUUCGUGCUGGACUGAAAAAAUCAUUUUGUAGUGAAACGGAUCGCUGGAGUCCUGCAGGCAUGCGAUCUCUUCUAAUCUCGAUACAAGGUGCAUCAUGCCACUAUUUCACGCUUUGCCUUAGUUUUUGGUCCACGUGCUUCAUACUGAACACAUAUCUAGUGAUUGUCAAGGGAACCAGGAAACUGUUUGAGUCAUCGGUACUCAUCCACUUCUGCCAGUCAAUUGCAUGCUGGGUAGUGCCUGCGAUCAUUGUGGCCGGCUGUAUCUAUGUCAAGUACCCGGCACCAGCUUAUAAGAUAGCAUUUGUGGACUUUAUGACCGCUGCUCCAUGUGGUGAAUUGCUGAAGUACCUUGCUGUGACUUUACCAAUGCAGCUUACCUUAGGGGUAUCCCUAUGCCUCUUAUGGUCAAUCACUUGGUGCAUACGAAGGUCACGAAAGGACAACACAAGGCAUGCAAUUCGAGCUGAUAAAGACACCCAAGCAAUGCUGCGUAUUGAGCGUCAGUUCAUGGUAAUGACAGUCGUGAUACUCCUGGUUGUUGGUGUUAUGUUAUCUGUGAAAACCAUUAAAGACUAUCAGCUUCACAAACUGAUUGGAUUGGCUCAAAACUACUUCACGUGUCUGAAGCAUACAAGGCAUUGCCAGGAGCCUGACCUCAUGACACCUUUGUACGCAGCCAUGAUAGUUUCUCCUGGUUUUUUGUGUAUGAUGUUCUUCUUCCUGUUAUUCAUGAAUAAAGAUUGUCGGCAGAUAUGGACGUCCUGUUUUAAAAGAAUUGGCCGAUUGAACAAUAUUGCUAAGCCCAGAGCAGACACAACGAGGUCAAGAUGUUCUUCUACCCUUACUUUUCUUGGAGACAGAAAACUUUCAGAUGUCUUACUAAGAAAGGAUAGAGUCAACCAGCUCAAAUCAUCCUCCACGCCAGAUCUUGUUGGGGCUGUGAAACCUUCCCCGUUAAUAUCAUUAAAGAAAACGCAACUAUCGCCUUUAGUUUUUGACAAUCGCCCAAGGAGUUCAUCUACUCCAGUGCGGUUUUCUAUUGCAGAUAACGAUUCAAAUAGACUGGAAUUCUCCCAUGUGACGUCAGUGCCUCAUAGUAUAGGAUACAAUCAACCCUUGCCGACCCCUCCACGUUUUAGAGUCGAAAUCAAGAUUAAUGAUGGCGAUUCCAUUCAGGGCAAUACACAGCAAAGAAACUCUAGUUUAGCACAUAGUGACAAUGUUGAGAACAAAGACUCAACUUUGGGGGUCCAUAAAGGAAGAUCCGUUUCUGAACUAUUGCAAGAUCCAGACACGUAUACUACAAGCUUAUAAAACAAACGCCGUCCUUGUAAAAUAAUGAAUGAUAGGAACUAUGACGACUAGGAAAGCAGAGCAUUUGAGCGCCUCGCUACAUCAUGAUAUGGUAACGACACCAUGGUUUUCAAUAGACGAGAAAAUUUUUAUAUGCGACGUGAAUCUGUGGUGCUACUUUCGCAAAGGCUGUAAAAAUGCUGUUUUUAUGAAACUCGUUGUGUGUGGAUUGUUACUUACACUAUAUUUGCACAUGCAUGGACUGAAGACGUUCUGUGUCAUCAUAAUUAAUAUUAACUAUGUAGCAACAGAAGCUCUUUUCUUUGGUUAGAUAUAAAUCAGGGGGUGGUGGGUUUUCUUUGCCUUCUGCAUAAGAAGAGGAAUUUCCUCAUUUCCUUACCUAUAUAGGGACCUUCAUGUGAUUUAAUUAAUAUACAAAGAUUUGUUAUCAAGUCCAUUCUGUGUAUGACACUUAGCGUCAUAUAUAGCGUUAUAUUUGGGCUUCUCGAAAAGGAAGCCUGUUUGUGCAGGUCAAUCAGACAGGUUUUUACGAAUACAGGGGUUUUAAUAGCACUGACUGUAUAGUCUAAUGACUAAAUCUGUCAAGAAUCUAUAACAACAACUGAACAACAAAACAUUACAACAAUUGCAAAAACAUACCAAAACAUAAGAGGGCCAUAUAGAGGAGAGAAAUUCUUAUAGUUCUCAAUCACCUACCUGCUCAAGUAAGAAAUAAAGUUCACUUUUCACAUUCCCCUUUUCCAUUCUCCAUUAGGUGAGGGUAAACAAAGACUUUGUCACUAGGGGAAAAAAGAAAAUAACUAAAAUAAUUGAAUACAAACAGACUACUGCCCUUGGCCAAUCAGCCAUCAGUCAAUUGAGUCCGUGCAUGCAUUUCAAACCACCCAUUUUUUUCCCUAAUCAUAAUACAUGCUUAAUUCAAAGGAAAUAAUCUGCUAAGUCUGCUAAGUGAGCUUUGUCUAGAAGUCAUAAUAGACCUCUGAAGCUUUUACAUCAUGUACCGUAUACGCAAUGCAUUGUAGGACAUGUUUGGGACAGAACAUGGCGUACUUCUUUUGUUUUCUCUAGAAACUGAUCCCACAAUGCAUUGAAAAUCAAGUAGUGACGUAAAAGGUUCAGAAGUCUAUUCCUGUUAAUUGUGUUGCUAGAUUGUGAAAAUCACACUGUUUUGAACUGAUGAUCAUUCCUUGAUUCUGUUGA